UAGUUUUAAAAUGGCGUGUUCUUAAGAUACAUACGUCGGGAGAAUAAAUGGCUCAUAGUUGUAGCUCUUUAUAUGGUAACGUUAACUCCGUCGUACCUUAAAGUUCGCGAGGUUAACUAAUAUCUUACUGAUAUUACGUAUUUGUAUUAAUAGAAAUGGAUCAAAGUGGACUAAGUUAUACAAGUUAUGAGCCUGAUCACUUUCUAAAUCCAGUUAACGUUGCAUUACAAACGUUUAGAUUCAAUACACAAAGAAACCAAACUUGGUUGAUUUGCGACUUAUGUUGGAGGAGUGAUUAUACGUUUUGUUUUAGGGAAAUGUUCUUCUUUCAGCCUGAAAUAAUAAUAUAGUGAUACGGAGGCAAUGUAUAUCAAUGUAUAUGUAUACAUUUAAACAAAUAGGAUUACGAUGGUUGGCUGCAUUUGUAAUGUUUUUUUCAAGGCUUUUAUUGUCAAGCGCAACAGGUUGCUGGGCAACUGGAGCGGCAGAGGAAAAGCUGGUGACGCAAAGGGAAGUCCAAGGCAGGAAAGGGCGGAUCACAAUUAGCAAAAAAAAGUCGACUUAAUAUGCCGUCAUCAUCAACACAGAAGUAUUAAAACUACCAAAUUCGCGGUGGACUGCCUUUCUCAUCAAACCCCCAAUAUAUUGUGUCGUGCUUCGUGAAAGAGUUGAAUACGUUAUCUUGAAUAGUUUUAUUCUAUUCAAGCAUAAAGGCUCACUUAGAGAAAUGAACGAGGUCGCCAUGGUGACCAACCACAACAAAGCGAGUCCAGUGGCCCACGUAGUCCUAAAAUGCAUCGUCGAGGCAGCAUUAGCCCAUGAGAUGGUUAAUAUAUUGCAUCCCCCAGAAUCCCGUGUGACUAAACAUGCACAUGUGUUUUUUUUACACCUUUUCUUUGUAAUGACUUCUCAAUACUUUUUGUCGAUAAAACAGUUGUGAAAUAGAGGACACCGCCAGGAACGUUACUAGCCAAGACUGAUGAUGACAUUCCCGGGUCACAAUCCUCACCUGUUCAGGUGGCGGGGAAUUGGCAAGAGCAGAAAACCUGCGGACAAGAUGCAUGUGAAAAAUGGCGAUAUCGACCAGUGGAGAAAGCGUGUGGAGGAGGCCUCAGAGUUUGCUGUUUCGGAAGUCUUCUCCCACAAGAAACCUCGUUCAGGAACCCGCUGCCAAGCUGUGCCGCUGCAUGGCUCUGACCAGUUACGAGAUCACGAUGAGGCGUACAGUGAAGCGCAGGCUCUUCUUGGUGAUUGGCUGAGCAGUAAAUUGCGGCUGGAGCUGGAGGUGGAGGAGGAAGAUGACCUGAUGUGCGGCAAUGAGAGGAGGAGCCCCGCUGCGCCGGCGACUGCUCAGCCUGCUGCCCUCAACUACAGCAAGUUUGAUGAUCUGUACAACUGCCUGGCCGAGGAGGAAGAGCAAAGUGCUGUUAACAGCGUCCUACAAGACCUGAUGGAGCAAGAGGUGUUAGACUCUGCGGUGAUGGAGGAACUGGCGCUGGACGUUGGACAAAAGAGGAAGAAGUUCAGAGAUCCGAUUGUCACCAUGGCAGCGCGACAACUUCAGGUGCGAGAGAACCGAGCCCGGCGGGAGUCCGAGAGGCAGAGGCAACGAGGGGAGAGGGAGGCUCUGCGUGAUGCCAGGGAGGAGGCAAAGAGGAGGGAGCAAGAGGAGGAGACAAGAAAGAGGCAGCAGGCGCGUAGACAGGAGGAGAUGGUGCAGCAGGAGAUGGUGACACUGCGGCGCGUUAUGGAGGAGAAGAGAGGCCUGGAACAGCUGGUUCGACAGAGGGAAAGAGGGAGAGUGGAAGGCAUGAGGACAGCCAGAAGCUUCCAGUCAGCUCCUAACCCCCCCUCAAACCAGCAGCCGCAGGAGAGAGAGCGACUUUAUAAAGAACAGAAGCUUCAAACCAUGGUUCUCAUGGUAAAUCUCAAGUGUCUGCAGAGGCAUUUCUCUGGAUGGUAUUCGGUCGUGUUGGACCGAAGGCUACGUUUAGGGAAGGCCGCGGCGCUCUGUGACUGGAAGCGGCAGCUGCGAGCGUGGCGGGCGUGGCGGGCGGCGGUGUGGGCAGAGCAGCAGCGGCGAGAGCUGGUGAGAACAGAGGAGGAUCUACGAGCUGAACACAGACAAUCCAAGCUGGCUGUUGAGAGUGACCGAAGGCGGUUACUACGGCGAUGUCUGAACGAGUGGCAGCUGCGGUGUCGGAUGGACAAAGAACAGCGGGGGCUUUUGGCCCAGCAGCAGGAGACCCGUCGCAAGAUGGCUGCCUUGAUCAACGCUGCAUCAACAGGCAAACUCGUGGCCACUGAACCCCCGAGGAUCCAGGCCAUCAUGAUCCCAUCACCAGAGCCACCAGAGAAGGAUCACCAGAGGUCAAGCGCUUUGGCCCCUAAAGCCUGCGCGGUCGCUCAGCAUGGGAACCCUGAGGGUGCCGAGGCCCGGCCCGCUCUGCCGUGGCAGGUGACCAGACGCCACGCGGCGCCGACCGCUGCAGAGCUCCGCCGGGCACAGCGGAGACUCGAGGGCGGCGGCUUCGCCGGUUCGAAAGGCGCCGCAUCGCCGGGCGGCGAGUCGGAGACGAGACGCGGCGUCCAGCGGCAGAUCAUCGCGCAGCAGAGGAAGCUGUUGAAGGAUCAGCAAGAGCAGAUCGCACAGCUGAGGAGGGAGCAGAGCGUGAUGGGUUUGGAGCUGGAAAUGGAGAGAACCGCACAGCUCGCUCAGCUGUCGGCGCUAAGAGGAGCGAGAGCAAAGAGCUGCGACUUUGAUCCCGGAGAGCAGAGGGCAUCAAGAGUUACUGAUGAACCUGAGAGUCUCCAUCCACCGCCGAGGAAAGCUGUCACGCGGCAGACGUGCUCCCAUCCAAUUGUCACGGCCAUGGAGGUCCGAGCACAGCAACGUGCACAACGAAGGAAAGAAAUCGAGGAACUGAAGAGAAAAAAGGAGGAGGAAAAACUGGCUGAGAUGAAAGCUGCCGAGGAGCAAAGGCAGCGAGAGGAGGAGGAGGAGAAACACAAAGCAGCUGUAAAGAAAAGAGAGGAGAAAAGGCAGGAAAGAGAGAGGGAAGAGGAGAAACAGAGGCAACAGAAGAGGCAACAGGAGCUCCUGAAGCUGGCCCGCCAUCAUUACGACAGAAACCUGCUGCUACGGCGAGGGCUGGCGCCAUGGAAACGGCUAAUUCGCAUCAGACAAGCCAACGUACAGCUGGCUGAGAGGCAUCACAAUCUCCUGCUCCUGAGGCGGUGCACGCUGGGCUGGCAGCAAUCAGCCAGAGAGGCGCGGUCUGAGAAAGAAGCUUCUGUUGACCAACUGUACCGGCACUUCUUACUUCGGAGGAGCUUAAGCUGCUGGAAGAGACUGAAUGACUGGCGGAUGAUUCGAGAGGAGAGAGCCCAGUGUUUCUAUCGCACGCGCACUCUCAGGAGGUUUCUGCUGGCACUGCUGGACCAUGUGACCCAGGAGAGGCUUGUGCAGUGGGACCGUCAGGAGCUGGCUCAGGAGCACAAUAACAGACGGUUGCUGUGGCGAUGUUUGCAAGCCUGGAGGCAGCUUCCCUGUCUGCUGCGCAAGGAAAGAGUGAGAGACGAGCGGCGGGAGAAGCUGGGAAGGAGAGUGACUGAAGUUCUGCCGGAUUUCUGCUCCAAUCCACCGUAAAGCCUCUGGGAGCAACAGACUACAGCAACAUGCCACGCAUACAAACACAAAAUGAAUACACUUGCACGUGUCUC